AUGUACAUCACCCUCUACUACAUAGUCACCCGACUCCCUGACUCUCUCCGCGUAGUCAGGGACCACUUCCUCUCAGUUUGCCCCACCACUCUCACCGUUGACCUCCUCGAGAAGGCCCUCCUAGCGAUAGAGAAGAGCAUAGUCGCUGUAGGAGCCUCUCGUGGUGACCCUCGCACCCCCAUCUUUGAGGGGUGUUCUUCCUCCCCCCUUCUGCCCUCUGUUGCCUCUCCUGCUGCGGCCGACCUCGUUGGUUUCGAGGCGCUGGAGGGGCUGGCGGGGGCGGUGGAGGUGGUGGUGGAGGCAGUGAAGGGAGUGGGGGUGGUGGUGGGAGUGGUGCCGGGGGUGGCGGAGGCGGCGGCAGCAGUGGAGGCAGAGGAGGCGGCGGUGUUAGCGGAGGGAGCGGAGGCGGCGCAGGUGGCGGAGGAGGCGGAGGUGGAGGAGGCGGCGGAGGCGGACGCAGCGGCGGCGGUGGUGGAGUGGGUUGCAACUCUGCGCAGAGGAGUGGCUCAGGUGGUGGUCUGCGCCAGGAGCAGCGGAGUGGUGUGA